GUGCGUGGAUUGACCUCAGAGACAGAAAGAGAGAAAAGGGCAGUUUGGGGUGUGUGUGUGCGUGUGUGCACGCGUGUGUGUGCGUCUCGCGUCCUUUCCUUCCAGCCGCUACAUGUUUUCACUGAGCGAAAGCGAGACUCUCAAAGGGAAAGAGAAAAAGAAUGCAUGCUCUCCCGUAGAGCAGAGACGAGAAAAGCGUUGACACCUGGAGUACGAAGUGGGAGGCAGGUAGAUAGAGACGGGCUGAAGCUGUGCUGGAGGAGUGUGUGUGUGUGUGUGUUGUGUGUGCGUGGGUUUCUUAUUUUGUGUGCGAGAUAACUAAGGUUGUGUGUAGUGUGACGGGAAGCGAGUGGAUCGUACAGCUCUGUAAUGCUUUGUGGAAGUACAGGACUGCUAACUGACCUGAUUACACCCUGAGGUGAAGAAAUCACACAGUGAAUCUCAUGUUCCAGACCCUUCAGACGCCAGGUCUAUGGAAAUGCAGGACCUAGCCAGUCCUCAUAACCGUGUGGGAGGUGGAGAUUCGACGGGCUCCAAGCUGGACAAGAACAACCUUGGCAGCCCCUCCAUCACCACAAAUGGAACAGGAGGUGAAAGCAUGACAGUUCUAAACACGGCUGAUUGGCUGUUGGGCUGCAGCAGCCCGCCCCCUGCGCCGGGCUCCAAGGACUAUGUGAAAACAGAGCCUAUGAACAACAGCGAUACAGUCACUACGACAGGCGACACAGUGCUGGACACAUACGCGGGCUCAGUGAUCACCAGCAGCGGGUACAGCCCUCGUUCAGCCCACCAGUACUCCCCUCCCCUCUACCCAUCAAAGCCGUACCCUCACAUUCUCUCCACGCCGGCGGCCCCUCCCAUGCCGACGUACGCCGGCCAACCCCAGUUCAGCAGCAUGCAGCAGUCGACCGUCUACACUGCUUACUCCCAGACAGGACAGCCAUACGGACUGUCCACCUACGACCUCGGUGUGAUGCUGCCAGGCAUUAAAACAGAGAGCGGCCUGGCUCAGAGUCAGUCUCCUCUGCAGACGGGCCUCAGCUACAGCCCCGGCUUCACCACGCCUCAGCCCGGACAGACUGCAUACUCACCCUAUCAGAUGCCAGGUUCCAGUUUCACUCCUUCCUCAGGCCUCUACGCCACCAACAACUCAGUGUCCAACCCCGCCAACUACACUGCCACACAGCAGGAUUAUCCCUCAUAUACGACGUUUGGCCAAAACCAGUAUGCCCAGUAUUAUCCCGCCUCCACUUACGGGACUUACAUGACCUCCAACAGCGUGGAUGGCACAGGCUCCACGGCAGCCUACCAGCUGCAAGAUCCCGCCCCUGCCAUGACCGGACAGGCUGCUGAACUUCACCCAGGGGACUUCGAUACAGUGCAGAGCCCCUCCACGCCCAUCAAAGAGCUGGAUGACCGAGCCUGCCGGAGUGGGGGGUCCAAGUCCCGGGGCAGGGGCCGCAAGAACAACCCCUCCCCUCCGCCUGAUAGUGACCUGGAGAGGGUGUUCGUGUGGGAUCUAGACGAGACGAUCAUCGUCUUCCAUUCCCUGCUCACGGGCUCCUACGCGCAGAAAUAUGGCAAGGACCCUCCUAUGGCGGUAACGCUUGGUCUGAGGAUGGAGGAGAUGAUCUUCAACUUGGCCGACUCACACUUAUUCUUUAAUGACCUGGAGGAGUGCGAUCAGGUACAUAUUGAUGACGUGUCAUCAGAUGACAAUGGCCAGGACUUAAGUACUUACAGUUUUGCAACUGAUGGCUUCCAUGCAGCUGCAACCAGCGCCAACCUGUGCCUGGCUACGGGUGUCCGCGGCGGCGUCGACUGGAUGAGGAAACUGGCCUUCCGCUACCGACGAGUCAAAGAGUUAUAUAGCACGUACAAAAACAAUGUGGGGGGUCUGCUGGGUCCUGCUAAAAGAGACGCCUGGCUGCAGCUCAGAGCCGAGGUGGAGGCUCUGACAGACUCCUGGCUCACCCACGCACUCAAGUCCCUGUCCAUCAUCAGCUCCAGGAGUAACUGUGUAAAUGUGCUGGUGACCACGACGCAGCUCAUACCAGCGCUGGCUAAAGUUCUCUUAUAUAGUCUGGGAUCUGUUUUCCCCAUCGAGAACAUUUACAGUGCAACAAAAAUAGGAAAAGAGAGUUGCUUUGAACGCAUAAUGCAAAGGUUUGGCAGGAAAGUAGUGUAUGUUGUAAUUGGGGACGGUGUGGAAGAGGAGCAGGCGGCCAAAAAGCACAACAUGCCUUUCUGGAGGAUAUCCAGUCACUCUGACCUGCUGGCACUACACCAAGCACUGGAGUUUGAGUACCUGUAACUAUUAUAGCAAUAUGGACUCAUGCAAAUGUUACUAUGGACAUGGUCAGCCAGGCAGCCCCCUUCUUUUGUAUAACUAUUUAAGAACAAACAGUACACUGCAACCGUUUUUGUGAUUUUAUUUUUUUUGUCUUGUUUUUUUGAACGUCUGGAUUUACAAACUCUGAACGGUCUUAAGAAGCAAAAGGAGAGGUGAAAGGAGGUAAAUGAAAAAGAACAGUGGGCUGAAGAGGCGACUCCACUACCCAGCGCCCCCUCGAUGCUGGGAGUGGACCUCUGUGAAAAGCCUGUCUACUGUCCUUGCAGCAGACUGAAGGCCUAUAAAGGCUGAAGACCUCACGUGGCCUGGGGGGAGGCCUUGUCGGUUUGUUCUGGAGCACAAAGGCCAGUGUCCGGCCUUCUCUGGGUCACCUGGAACAACCCAUCUUCAAUAAAUGAAGGCUACUCUGUACAGGCAGCAUUAUGUGUGCGGGGAUAACGGCUGUUUUUUUUUUUCUAAAAAAGCAUUUUCUUCCUGGUGGUAUAAUCACAACAAUGCAGUCUUGUGGCAGAAACUUGUGUAAAUUAUUUACAAUAAACUUAAAAAGGGCAGUGGUGGAUGUUUUUGUCAAGGAAAGGAAAUUUAAAGCUUUGGGAUGUUUUUUCCUCUGGAUUUUUGUAAUUUUGGGGGGAGGGUGAGGGGGACUGAGGAUGUGCGUUAUGAUGUGUUGUGCCUUAAUGUGUUUGAAUGUCUUUUCUUUAUUCAGAAAUGUCUAUGUAUGUAGAUAUAAAAACGGAGAAAACUUAUCCAAAUGA